AUGAUGUUGUCUGUGUCUCUGAUUCCAGCCGUGUCUCCAAUAAUGACUUUGUAUCCGUUGAUGUCCAGGGGGACCUCGAUGGAGUCCCGUGUUGUUCCCUCGAUCUCGCUCACGAUCGCACGGUCCUCAUUUGCUAUGAUGUUCAAUAACGACGAUUUGCCUGCAUUUGGAGGCCCGGUGAGAGUGAUCUUGAACCCGUCCAGCAAGAUCUGGGACCGUUUGACGUUGUCCAGAUACGUUCUGACCUCUGUUUCCAGCUGCUUUAUAUCCGAUUCCGCACGGUCAAAAAGUUCACCGAUUUCGUCAAUGUCAUGCUCCUCGCCAAAAUCGAUCAAUGUGGUUAUCAAAGCAUAA